UUUCUCAACUGUCACAAUAAAUCUUUUUGUUUUUUAAUGUUGCUCUGCCAAACCGGAAAUAGAAUUUGAAUUUUUGAAUUCCGAUGGACUUAAAUCCCGAAAACAUUUCGUUGUGUGUGAUCAAGAUCGAAACGGAUUUGGAGCCCAGUGAAGACUCCGAGGGAGCCGUGUCCGCCGAACAUCCCACCAAUCCCCGAGUGCUCAAGGAAAGGGAACGCGAUCGCGGACUUCGCCAGUCGCGCGACAUCACCAUCGAAACCUACACCAACCAGCGUUGGACGCGGGAGUUGAGUGCUCCCAAGGAUCAGGAGACGGAGGGCAGCAGGAUGAACUGGGCGGCGGCCCUGCAGCACGUCAACAGCCCCACGGCGGGCAGUUCCCGGGAGACCACCCCCCGGAGCGGCGAUGAAACCCAGGCGGGAGGUCCACAGGCCACCUCGUCCAAGUUCCCCCAGGAGAUCGGCUACUUCUCCGGCAAUCCCAUCGUCGAGGUGACCAAGGGUCUCAUCCAUCUGUACAAGAAGAACGAGCGCAAGGCCAUCAAGGAGGCUCCAUCCAACCAGCUCUGCCUGCUGGCCGUGCCAGCCACUCUAAACUGCCAUGAUUUGCUGAACUUUAUCGCCCCCUGCCAUGCGGAGAUCAAGCACGUCCAGAUUGUCCGAGAUGGCAGUCCCAAUCAGUUUAUGGUGCUGCUGGAAUUCCGCUCGAAUGAAUCAGCUCUGGAGUUCUACAAGUCCUACAAUGGCAUUGCCUACAACUCCCUGGAGCCGGACUCGCUGUGCCACGCUGUUUGGGUGUCGGCGGUGGAGAGGAGCGAACACGGAGGCCCACCAAUGGGACACACCGAGCUGCCCACCUGUCCAGUGUGCCUGGAGCGCAUGGACGAAAGCGUCGAUGGAGUACUGACCAUCUUGUGCAAUCAUGCCUUUCACGCCAGCUGCUUGAUGAAGUGGGGCGACUCCACCUGCCCGGUGUGCCGCCAUGUGCAGACGCCCGAGCUGGUUGAAGAUUCCGUUUGCAUGGAGUGCGAGGGAACCGACUCGCUGUGGAUUUGCUUGAUCUGCGGGCAUGUAGGCUGCGGACGCUACCAGGGAGGCCAUGCUGCCGCCCAUUACAGGGCCACCAACCACACCUUCGCCAUGCAGUUGGGCACUUCAAGUGUGUGGGACUAUGCUGGCGACAACUUUGUGCACCGCUUGUUUCAGAACAAAUCCGACGGCAAGCUGGUGGCCUCCCAAACCGAGAAAGACGAGCGCGAGGAGAAGAUCGACUCCAUGCAAAUGGAGUUUACUUAUCUACUAACCUCUCAGCUGGACACACAGCGCAAGUACUACGAGGAGCGGAUGGAGAGGCUGGAGCAGGAGUGGCAGAACUUCAAGGCUAACGCCAGCGAGGCCAAGACAGAGGUCUCCGAACUGCAGCAGCUCCAGCAGACCAUGCAGAAGGAGAAGGUUAACCUGGAGCGCAAGCUGGCCCAGCACACAGCCAAGCUAAAGGAGGUGCAGAAGCAACUGAACGAGGAGCGUGAGCUGUCCAAGGCCCUGCAGACCAACCAGAGCUCCUGGCACGGCAAAUACAAGAUCUUGGAACAGCAGUACAACGAGUUCAAGCACAAUCACGACGCCGAGGUCACCGACCUAAAGGAACAGCUGCGCGAUGUAAUGUUCUUUCUCGACAAUCAGCAGAAGAUGGCCAACUCCGAGUUGGCAGGCGCCUCCAUCACUGGUAUUGGCGAAAAGGAGCCUGAUCCGAACACCAGGCGCGGUAAUCGCCGCAAGAAGUAAAACCUAUCUACCAUAUACCAUUCACACAAUUGUAUUUUGAUUCGAGCUGCAUUGUUUACCCGAUCUUAGAAGGCUAUGCACACCGAAUAUAUAAGAUUAAUAACA